UUAUUGAUAUAUUUGACAGGAAUUCCGAUAGUAGUCAAAACUCACCAUUUUCAUUCGAAUAGAAGCAAUAUGGAGGAAGAUAAAAGGAGGAAACUUUCAAUUUCACCUCAAGGAACAUUGGAAAUUUCGAUGGGCAAGAAGAAUAGUGAUGAUGAAUUAUCUACUGAAAAAUUUCAAGAAACUUUCGAUUUGGAAUCUACAGACCUAAUGGAAGUAGAGGAAGACAAGAUAUUCAAGUCAGAAUUCACAACGAUGGAAUCCAGCAGAAAAAAUACAAAUUUCGAUAUUGAUCCAAACGAUGAUGGAAUCGAACAGUUAUUCAAAGCCUACAGAUCCGAAGACGAGGAAGAUAAUGAUUCAAAAGAGGAUGAUGAAGUAGCAAGUAAAGGAAUAUGUUACGAAAUUGCUGCAAACCCGGAUUUGGUUUGUAGAAAAGGCGUCUGUCGACCAUCGCCACGUGUGAAAGAAGAAGUGUCCGAAAUUGGAAUAGAUUAUACAGUGAGGAAGAAAAUAUGUCAUCGUCCUGAGAACUACGGACUUCUCACUUGUAUCAACCGACCGCCUGACAAGAAGAGGAAAUUCGGAACUGAAGGAAUGGAUUCAUCGAAAUGCCAGACUAUAAUCGAAACAACUAUAUUCAAGUCCACUGAUGGAGAUAUUGACGGGACUGGUGGAAGAAGUGGAGUUGGAGCUGGUUCCGGAGCUGAUGGGGAAGGCCUGGAUGACGGUUCAAUACCAGUUGCUGAGGUGUGUGAAUGUUGCCACUGUGCCAUAUGCAGAUGUAAACCGAAAUUUGUGAAGAGAUGGCUUACUGAAUCUGGAAUGGAUGUCAAGAAAUUUGGUCUUCUUGGUCAAGGUAAAGAUAGAAUAAGGAUGGUUUACUCUUGGGACACAGUUCAUGUUCCUGACGAUUGGGAUUUCGCGAGAGAUCAAGAGAAUGUCAGAAAAUCGGAAAUGGAGGAAUUGAUUGCUCAAGCGGAGAAAUUUGACAGGGAACGGAAGGAGAUCUUAGCUGCAAUUGCAUCUGAAGGUGGUGAAGAAGAAGAGGAGGAAUAUGAGGAAUAUGAUAUUGGCGAAUCUAGCGAGGAAAGGAGACAAAGAAUGACGGAAGAUGACUGGGCUAGAUACAAAGCGAUGGAGUGGGCAGGUCUUCGUCAUCAAUAUAUAAAAGGUGUGGCACCCGUAGAUGAAAAAGUACUUGAUACCUACUCCCACGUAUCCUGGACAUCACAACCGCCACCCCAAUUGCUUUUGGGAACGACGACAAAAAAAUUCCAGAAAACUACCUCUACUGCGACCGAUGCAUAUUCAGCAAAGAGCGAUUCCUCAUCAAGAACGGAGUCAAUCGAAAUAGAGCAGCGUCCAUCAAUUUAUGAAAGCCACCUACCACCUCUACCUAAAGGCAAAUCGAAAAGUAAAUUGCAUAAACUAAUGUCGAGGACUGGAGUGAUAGAUGAAAAUCUUCUACCUCUGGGACUUAAGAGAGAAGCACAUAAAUUCAAACGAACACAGCAAAGUCAAACAAAGGCCGUGAAAGAUAAGGCAAAGAAAAGUAUUCCUCAUAAAGCACUAACCGUACACGAUGCUGCUCGUCUUGCUAAUCUUCAAUCGCUUGAUGUUGGCCUAUUGAACACACAUUCAUGUCCUUGCUUACCUGGAUUUUGCACGUGCGAAGGACAGGGUCAUUGGACAAUCCGACAGUCCGAGAUCGAAAUGAAGCGAACUGGAAAACAAAAAAAAUUGGAGCCAACCGAGAGCGAGCUCAGAGAAGCGGGCAUUUACGUAUGGAAGGGUUACGAAUGCCCCUGUAUUCACUCAUAUGAAGACUUACAAGUUUCUCCAGAAAGCAGCGUAGAAUUUAUGGUAGCAAGAUCUCCCGCUAGAAAAAAAGUUGAGGAAGAUUUCGUUUGCACCUGUACCAAAAGGUACGAGCAAACAGUUUUGAUCGUUAAACCUGAUGCCAUGAUAUUCGAGGAUGUGAUAAGAAGGGCCAUCCUUUAUGUUGGCGGAUUACAGAUCGUGAAUGAAAGAAAAAUUCGUUUGUCUCCAGAACAAGUUUCGGAAAUUUAUGAAGAUAGAUAUUAUGGAAGUCAAUCCUAUCCCCUGUUCGUGUUGAAAAUGAGUCGUCAUCCUAUUUUGGUGUUAUGCAUUGCUGGCCUAAAAUGUAUAGAUGUGGUCAAAUCGAUGAUAGGAGAAGACAAACUUAUUCCUGAUUCCUGGUUCCUUCCUGAAAGCAUAAAGAGGCGUAUUGUUGCUACAGAUGAUUUAAUAGAUACCAUUCAAGUGUCUGAAGAUGCAGAACAGUUUGCGAUGGAAUGCAAAUAUUUCUUUCCACAAACAAUGAUAGAACCUAUUCCUACUAUCCAGAGCCGCGUCAAUGACUUCUGUAAGACUUAUCUCGACCCAACAUUAUCGAAGGGUCUAGCAUCAGUUGCCAGAACGAAGCCUAUUGAUCCAAUUAUCUUCUUAGCAGAAUGGCUAUUGACUCACAAUCCGUAUCAACCGUGGUAUAAGCCUAAGCAAAUCAAUAUGGUUCCAAUUUAGACCAUAUUUAGAUAAGCCAUAAGUAGAUAGUAAGUUAUAUUUUGAAGAUAGGUACAUGAAAAUGUUUUUGAGUACCUUAUACACAAUGUAUACCUUUAGUUCAUCGCUAUAUUGUUUACAUACUAUAUUGGAUAUUGAAAAUAAGUCUAUUGUAAUAAUAAAUAAUUAGUUCAUA